AUGAAGUUCAAGUUCUGCUCGGACGGAGACUGUCCGCUGUGGGUGCUCGCGGCCUUACACGCUAUCAGCAGUCUUCCGGCGCAAUUGUUCAGAACUCUUCUGCACCAUGUGCUGGAAGAACAACCUGAUGAUGGAAUAAUGGAGAUAUUAAAAGACACCAACCUGUCGUCUCGCGAUGAGUGCGCGCGGGCGGCGGGCGUGCUGCGCUGGACGCUUCAGCAGGCGCAGCGCUGCGCGUGCAGCGGCGUGCAGCUGGCGCGCGACCUGCUGGUGCUGGGCGUGCCGCGAGCACACGCUGCAGCGCUCGCUGAAGCCGCUGACCGGAGCCGCGACGCGUACGUCGCCGAUGCGCAUGAACACGGUUUCAUGGUGAACAAACUGACUGACAUCGCGGCAGCUCCAGGCCCCGAAGGGACAGUAGAUGUGGUCAAACUUACUCUCUAUUCUGAUGAAGUGUUCACCGGUGAACAGAACAUCACAGAGUUAUUGGUUGAUAAAUCAUUACUGAAAACAAUGUUAGUGGACCUGAAGACCGCUAGGAAGAUGAUGGACGAAAUUGAAACAGAGGAAAAUUGA